GGGAGGGGCUUCAGGGUGCGGUGGCGCUUGUUGGGAAACGAGAUAAUAUGAUCAUAAUGGGCCUGCCUGCACAGGAACGCUGUAAUAAUGCGGCUGGUAGCCCAUGCCAUGUUGUAUCUAUCUAGGAGUAGGAGAGAUCUCAGAGAGAGAGAGUAAAAAUAACUGGAAUGAAAGGCAGACACAGACCAUCGGGGGUCGUCGAGGUAGGGUAGGUUGAGAUGGUUUGUUUCGUGGGAAAAUGGAAAAUGGGUUCGUGGGAGGGUUAUUAUUAACUUAUCUAGUUUAGUUAUUAGUUAGUUAUUAUUAGAGAUAUAACUAACUUAUCGAGUCUAUAUAUCUCCGCUCUCCCGCAUCGCAUCGCAUCGUGUGUCAGAUCGUGUGACGCUUUGUUAGUUAACUGGCCCUCUUGUGACUGUCAGUACUCCGUAUAGUAAUCUGCUGUUUAUUCUCAUACCUUAAGAACCUAGAUAUAUAGUUAUAUAUUAUUCACCGUCUUUUGACGGCUUUUCCUUGUUGAGUUGCUGUUGUUAUUUAUUAACCUAUCCUAUAACUGCCGCUUAACUUACUUCCUUUGUUCAACAACAGCCUGGGAAACUUUACCGUGUACUUUGUAUUUGGCAACUCGUUAAAGCCAGCCGCCCUUGUGCCUGACGAAGCGCCUAACAAACAGACGGGCGGAUCGCACUAAAUCUUCUCCUGGGCUCGCGAUCUUUGCUUUCUUGAUUAUUAUUUGCUUUUUCCUUGUCGUCGGCGCCUGGACGAUGGACAGCUAGCAGCUCAAUUCCUGGUUUUUUCUUUUUUCUUUUUCUUUUUUUGCAUCAACUGCAACAACCCUUUCUUGACUCUUUUUAACUAUUCCACGUUUCAAUUUUUCUUCUCGAUUUUGCAACCUUUGCCUCCCUGUCAAGUCAAUCAAGUCCGUGAACAUACUCCCGCCGAUAUAUCGCGAGCCUGCCACGAGAAAAUAAAGAUAUUCCCCUCCUCGAGAACGAGGUUCGCUCAUCCCAACUACGCGUCACAAUGAGAAGGGACUCAAGGGCGGCCGCUGGCUGGAUGGGGAUUCUAGGGAGACGGAUUUCCUUGGUUUUGUUAACGAUUCAGUACACAACUUUCACAUUACUCCUCCAUUACUCCAGAGUAAUGCCCGUCGUUGGCGGCCGGCGAUACCUCUCCUCAACUGCGGUGUUCCUCAAUGAGGUUAUAAAACUAGCAGUCUGCCUAACCGCGGCGCUCUACGAGGUCUCCAAGACCGUGCCACCCUCCAUGCCCGCGACUUCACUCUUCACCAACCUAUCUGCCGCGGUUUUUACUGGCGAUAGCUGGAAACUAGCUGUUCCGGCAGGGUUGUAUACUCUAUCAAACUCCCUGGUGUACAUCGGGCUCUCCAACCUCGAAGCCGCCACCUUCCAGGUCACAUACCAAUUGAAGCUAGCCACAGCGGCAAUCUUCGGCGCCACGUUGCUCAGGCGGAGUUUAUCCUUUGGGAAAUGGACAGCGCUGUUCCUACUAAUCGCGGGCGUCUUUAUCGUCCAGCUACCACACACGGACCCAAAUGAUAUGCACGAUCACCGCACGCGCGUCCGUUUCCCCCGCUCGCUGGAAGAAUGGCAGAACCUCGGUGCCUCGACGACGCGCCGCAAUGUGCAUCAGCAGCCGCACAAGCGCUCCGCCACCUACGAAGGCAUCGAGGAGGAUCUGAUGCUGGGCUUCCCGCACAUGAAUGGGAACAUUGGCCUGCUGGCUACCAUUGGCGCAUGCAUCGCGUCUGGCUUGGCGGGCGUGACCUUCGAAAAAGUACUGAAGGACAGCGCCACGUCUACCACGUCUGUAUGGAUCCGCAACGUGCAGCUGGCCGUCUAUUCGAUAUUCCCCUCGUUGUUUAUCGGCGUGGUGUUCCUGGACGGCGAGAAGGUGGCGCGCGCUGGAUUCUUUGGUGGCUACAAUUGGGUUGUGUGGCUGGUUAUUGGCCUGCAGGCCGGGGGCGGCAUUGCGACGUCGUAUUGCAUUUCGCGCGGAGAACAUGGCUUGCGGAAUUCAGCGACUGGGAUUAGUAUUGUGCUAAGCGCUGUUGGGGCGAUGUGGGCGUUUGAGUUUAGGGCGAGUGGGAAUUUCAUCAUCGGCACCAUCCUCGUCCUCGCAGGCACUUACAUCUACAACCAACUCCCACACCCAAGCACCCCCCGCACCCCCCCGAAAAGCAACAACCGGCCCCCACCUAUCCGCAUCAACAACUUUGAAAAGCUCAGCGGCCUAGGCAUGGUCACCAGCACCACCAGCACCACCAGCGCCUCAUCAGCAGCAGACGCAGGUAGGAAUAAUAAUAAUUCCACCACCACCACCCUCAAUCAUGCCAAUGCCGAAUACUCCCACCUCACCCCGUCCAACGACUUUUCCAUAAAACUGCCCACAACUCCCGGUUUGUCUGAGUCGGCGGCACUGACGACGUCGAGACCGGGCUCGCCGAACCAUACUAGGUUGAAAGGGUCGUAUUUUGCGCAGAGGGGGGGUUAGAGGGGGAUUAUUAAUUUAUUAUUAUUAUUAUUAUUAUUAUUUUCUUUUAUUUCUUCUCUUUCCUACCUGUCUUUUCGAUUCCCUGCGGUUACACUCAGAGGUAGUGAGCGGGAGGGGAGAGUAGAAGAUAGAAGAUGUGGUUCGGUGCGUUAAAUUAUAUACAAGUCGGGAACUCUCAGGGUCUGGUUUCUGCGAGGGAUAGAUGGGAUAGGGUUGUUUUUUUUUUUUUUUUUUUU